CGUUGUCUCUGUCUGGUUUAGGGGGCAGUGGUAAAUCCUGCCACUGACUGAGCCGGUCCAUUGUCAAGGAACACACAUGUACUAGCAAAACUGUAGACAUCUGAUCCGGGGAGCUAGAGACUGUGUUUCGUUUGACAGUAAACCUGGCCGGGUGCCUUCGUACCUUAUCAGAGUCUGUGGUCAUUGGGGGUUCUCUCGGGGUCUGCUGCGCCAGCGAUCUGCACAGAGCCGGGGCAGCACACAGAGGGAACACACACGCAGACGACUGUUAUCAACAUUGAACAGAGCAGAGCACCACAUCGGUGACAUUUGACAACAAGGGUGCCGAACACCAUGCCUGCAAUAGUCCCCAAGAGCAAAGCCCCGGGGGUCGAUUUCUGUGGGGUGAACGAAUAUUACUACAUAGUUCGCUCAGACUUGGGCUGCUACAUGAGGUCGACCAAUUUCAACGAAGGAAAAGAUCUGAACGUGUAUAGUCUGCACCCCUCCUGCCAGGGCGGGGAGCACUAUCUCGCCCACCAGGAUGACCUCUUCUACAUCAUCAAAGGAGGGGCUUAUCGCCGUGUGUUCAACAUGAACAUGGACACGGAAGCCGUAGUCUACAAUCUCCACCCCAAUUGCCAGGGAGGAGACCAUUAUCUCUCAGCCUUUGGGUACUUCUACAUCAUCUUCCAGAGCAAGGGUGUCUACCGCAGGGUCACCAACAUGAACACCAAUUCUGAUGCUGUUGAAUACAGCCUCCACCCAUCCUGCAGAGAUGGCCUCUAUUACUGGGGUAUCAAGGACUAUUAUUAUUUCGUCAAGCCCCAUGACAAAUGGGGGACCCAGUAUUACCGAACCACCAAUUUCCACGAGAACAUGGAUGAUGUAACCUAUUCCUUCCACCCUGACGUGGUCAACUUCCUCCCUGGUGGGUUGGCUAUCACCCAGGGUUCAGCUUUUGGCACCUGGGAAGCCAUCAAGACCAUCGCCAAUGAUUCCAACACGCCCAUCACCUGGAACAAGAAGAUCACCAGGAAGGUGGGCUAUGACAAGGAGAAGAUGAGCAGCAUAGAGCACAACUGGAGCGUGAGCAUCUCGGCGUCAUACCAGUCAGGAGCCCUCACCGAAGCCAUUGCCAAGUACCAGUUCUCCCUCACCACUCAAUACGGCGGGAAAAGCAUCAACACGGAGCAGGAAAACUGGAGCGAUGCCACCGACGUGGAAGAGUCUGUCAGCCUGACCCUGCAGCCAAAGGAGAAGAUCUACAUAUGGCAGUACCAGCUGGGCCUGGGCAAGAAAAGCAUUUUGUUCUGCCGAGACAUGAAAUUCAACAACAAUCCAAACCCACCUACUGAAGUCCCCCUGCCGCCUUCUAACCAGUGAUCUGAAAUGGGGAGCCCCCAGGAAUACCUAAGAGCCCGCUCGCUGCCUUGUGGUAUUGCUAAGAAUUGGGGUUGUUGGGGGUAUAUUUAGGGUUAGUAUUUCACAGUAGUCAUCCUGGCUUUGCAGUGCAGGGCGUAUAGUGAGGCCAGUCUGUCCUUCGGAAUAGCAGCUAGGAAUACAGAGACACAACUCUGCGAUCUACCAUAAUGAUCGUACUGUGGGCUUCCAGAAAACCUGUUGCCAAUGGGUUUGCAGCUAAUAUGGCUGGAAACGCAUUUCCUGAGCCAGCAUAGACAGAGCAUUUUUUCACUCUGACUGGCAGGAUCAAUGCUGCAGCUUCCCCACCCAGCCAAGCCACGCCGAGCCCAUACAAUUACUCCUGGGGGGAUUCUGCACCAAAAAGUUAAAAAUUCUGCACCAAAAAGUUAAAAAUGCUGGGCACGAUAUUUUAAAAUUCUGCAAAAUAGCUCAUAUUUUAUUUAUCAAAAUAACACUAUAUAAUCACACCAGUUUCAAUUAUUUUCAUAAUUUAUUUCAAAAUACCGUAACAAUACGGACACAAAAAAAUUCUCCCUGUUUCUCUGCCCCGUCCCCGGCAGAGCCCAGCAGAGGGGCCAGACACCCGCACACCUGAUGCCCCAGAGCCCAGCUGCAGAGACUCCCCACCCAGACACUUGCAUCCCCUCCCCCCACAGCCCAAGAAUCCAGAGGGAGAAACAGCCUGAUGCUGGGUCCCGAGCUUGUGUGGAGCUUCCUCAGGAGUCACCUAAUGGGUUGCGCUGGCCCUGAGUUUGCUGCACGCUCCCUCCUUCUUACAUGGGGUGUGGGGAACUGCAGUUGUUGGGAACCCUCCAGUUCCUCCCCCGCCUCUUACCGGCAAUGUCCUCUAUGUGCGAGCUGGGCUCUGCCGGGUCCAGUGACCCCUAGUGGUGGCCAGCAGCUCUGCAGCCCAUUUCUGGUGGGGGGAGGAAAGGAAAUUCUGUGCGCACAACACUAAUUUUUGUGCAAAUUCUGCAUUGUGCAGUGGUGCAGAAUUCCCCCAGGAGUAACAUACACACCAGUUUCAGGCAGGUUUGUACUUAACGUAGCUCCACUGUGCCUCCAUUGCUACUCCCCGUGCUAACACAGAUGCAUUGCUAUUUGCACUCACACGAGUAUGUGUGCAUGAGCAAAUCACACCCCUACUUCAUAGUGCAGACGUCACUCUGGUUCCACUCUCCUGUCACACGGGAACAAGGGGUUUGCUCAGGGAGGGCUGCGAUUAUUCCUCUGCACGCUGGGAUUUUAGACAGGAGUUCGGUGUCUCACUCCCAGACAUAAAAUACAGCUCUGGGAUUGGGAAGUAACCCUUACACAGCAGGCAGAGACCACCACUCCUCAGUGAUCCGCACAAAUCACAGAGUGAAAAGGGAAAAGGGUGGGGAAAGGCCUCAGUGUGUUUUCUCAGUCACAUAGGAUUGUGUGUAGUUUUAUUUUGUGCCUGUUGUUACUUCCGGCUACGAAUUAGUUUUCUCGAGGGCUUGUCUUUACUAGAAGCUGUGACCAAAGACUCCAACUUCAUAUAAGUAACUUCGUAUCAAUGAAAUUAUCCGAGGCUUAAAAAUAAAGUGGCUUCUGCCGUGUUUCUUCCUUU